GUGCUUUAGUGUUGCUAUUUGACUUAUGUAAAAAUGUUGUGUUUUUCGUUAUUUAUUUCAAUUUUAUCGUUUACUUUCGUUACUAGCAUUGAUUAUGGUCCCUAUAAAUUCACCUCCGACUAUGUGACUGUCCGUCAAGGGGCCCAUAUGUUUUAUUGGUUAUUUUAUACCACGGCCCCUGUCAAAAACUAUACGGAGAGACCCCUAAUAGUAUGGCUACAGGGUGGCCCUGGUGGUUCUUCUACAGGGUUUGGUAAUUUUGAAUUAUUGGGACCACUUGAUCUGAGACUUCAAGAAAGAAACCACACUUGGGUAAAAAAUUUUAAUGUACUGUUUGUGGACAACCCCGUUGGUACCGGCUACAGUUACGUGGAGAAUCUGAAUUUACUGACUGUAACCAAUGACGAAAUAGCUCUGGAUUUCGUUGAAUUACUUAGAGGUUUUUAUUCAUCAAAUCCAGAAUUUGAAGGAGUUCCUUUGUAUCUUUAUGGUCAAUCAUACGGAGGAAAGAUGGCAAUCGAUAUGGGUAUCCGAAUUCAUGAGGCAGAACAACAAGGCAGGCUUAAAUCAAAUAUUAGCGGCAUAGCAAUGGGUAACGCCUGGAUAUCUCCAGUGGAUUCUACGCUCACUUGGGGCCCACUACUUCUAGCAGCCGGCCUGGUAGACCAAGAAGGUUAUGAACAUAUCCAAAGUGAAGCUAGAAAAGCCGAAAGCUUAUUCAACGAGGGUCAAUAUGUGAGCUCUACACAACAAUGGGCUGCCACACAGAGAGCAGUGUUCCAACGGACUACGUCAGUAGAUUUUUAUAACAUACUCACAAAAAUGUCCGUCUCUUUACCGGAUACAAGAAGUGAUAUGGAGCGUGCAAGAGACAUUAUGACUCACAACACGCCUUAUAUUACAAAUGAUGACAGAAACGAAGAAUGGAAUACAAAUACAUUGAUGAACACUGUAGUUAAAGAACUACUUGGCAUCCCAGAGAACGUGACCUGGGGUGCACAAUCCGGCCCUGUAUUCAGUUACUUAAAUGAAGAUUUCAUGAAACCAGUUGACGAAGGAAUUGAAAAGCUGUUAAACGAAACGAAUAUUAUUUUGACCAAGUAUAACGGAAAUCUUGAUCUCAUUUGUGAUACACCAGGACAAAUAUUAUGGGUAGAUCGGUUGAAGUGGGCUGGCGCGGAAGAGUACCGGAAAGCACCUCGCCUUCCUAUUUGGGAAGAUAACACACUGGAAGGGUACUAUAAAUCAUAUGGAAACUUUAGGUUCUUUUGGAUUAAUCAUGCAGGACAUAGUGUACCAAGGGACAAUCCUGCCGGGGCAAAUGCUGUUCUACGCGAUAUGACUUCAUUUGGAUAAUACCAAAUUAUCUAAUAAGCAUACUUAGUCAUAUUUUUUUUAUUACAUAUUCGUAAAGUCAUUUUUAUUAUAGUUAUUAACCUAACACUAUUUACCUAACACAUUUAUCAAUUACUGUCAUCGUGGCAAAAUAUAGCACUCAAUAUCAAUUUAAUGUUGAACAAAAAUGUUCGAAAAGAUAAUCUUAGUAAAAUAUCAAUUUAUUUAGACAAAAUUAUAAUCCAAUAUAUAAUAUAGAUAUAUACAUCAGUA